UAUAAUAGACAGCCAUUUCCUCACAUUUGGGAAGUAAAAGAAAACAUUAUUUAUAACAAAAGUAAAAGAAGCAUGGACAGAGAGGACCGAAGACGUUUCUUUGUUAUUGGAUCCGUUAUUCUGGAGGUUGUUACUCCGGUGUUUCGACAUAAACUGGAGAACAAAUACACUAACCAUGGAUCUGGAUGCUUUAAAGAUUAUUUAAACAUUCCGCAAGUGGUUCAUACUCUGUUCCAUUUACGACACAGAUACACGAGCUGCUGUACGGAUCAAAAUAAUUGUACGAACAAUAAGUCACUUCCUGUCACCUACUGUCAGUGGGACCUUAUGUAUACAGAAAACCCAGGGCCAGGUCAACAUCACUGCUACUGUAAAUAUACAGCUAAGCUUGUGCAACUGGAGAACCUUGACACCACCCUGUUAGGACUUAUUCUUCUCAACUGUUGUACUCUUGGGCCACCUGAAAAACAUGCAAUCCAAACCCUCAGGCAGUACAAGAAUGAUUACUUAAGCCACAACACAAAAUGUGGCAUAACAAAACAUGAAUAUGAUGCAUUGUGGCCACAUCUCACAUUUUUUGUACUACAACUUGACCCAAGCAAACAAGAUGAUCUUGUUAGAAUAAAGAACAGACCAAUGGAUGAACCACUUUGCACCAAAUACUUCAUUGACCUUUUGGAUGUUCACAAACAGCUGGAUCAGAUUGCAUUAACAGUUCAAGAGCUAAAUUCUACAUUUCAAGAAUUAAGCACAACAGUCCAUGGACUUAAUACAUCAUUACAAGGAAUAGGAUGGAAUAUGCAUGGAUCGUUCCAGGGAAUGAACACAACUUUACUAGGAAUGCAGACAUCAAUGAAUAAACUACUAUACUAUGCUGAAAAGGAAGUAACAUGUUCAUGUCAAAGACAGAAUCCUGAUAUUCAUAAACAAGAAAGAAAAUCCUACAACCUAGGACAAACUAUCUUCUAUGAACAUCACCAAUUUACAAGAUUAUCCUCAAGCUGUUAUUUUGAUUGUAACAAAGCUGUCAUAACAGAUGAUGGACUUGUGGCCUGUAUACAUACGGAAGAUUCCUCAAUAGAGAUUUAUAAUACAGAUGGUUCACAUGUUGGUACAAUACCCCUACAGAGUAAGCCAUUUGAUAUCUCCGUAGUCAACAACUCUAUAGUAGCUGUUACACAGCCUGGCUUAUAUAGAGUAGAUAUGUGGGACAUAAACAAAAAACAGAAAGUUAAAUCGAUACAAUUAUCUACCAAGUGCUUUGGCAUCACAACUAUGAACAACAAGGUAGUAGUGAGCUGUAGACGAAGAUUGUUGAUCAUAGAUCCUCAGACAGAGGAUACGGAGAAGACUAUUGAUAUUGGUGAUCAUAUUCCUUAUGCUCUCAGACUUUGUGGUUCUGGUGAUAGUAUAUUUUACACUUGUGGUGUUAGUUAUUACCUGUUCCAUUACAGUCAAUCUAAUAACAAGAUUUCAAAAGUAAAGCUACCAUCAAGGCUCAGAGAUAUAACCCUACUACAAGAUGGCAGUGGAUAUAUGAUAUGUAUGGAUGGAACAGUGCAACAUGUAUCAUCUGAUGGAAAGAAGUAUAAAAAAGUUACUACAAAGGGACUGACCUCUUUGAGAUGGCUUACUGGAAUAUAUUAUAAUCAGGUAAAAAGGCAACUGGUCAUUACAGAUGGAGACUCAAUUACAGUGUUUAACGAAUGCUGAUAUAUACUAGGAUUUAAAAAUGUAUUUUCUUCAAUAUCACCAAAAUGAACUAGUUACUGCAAGGUAUUACAGUGAAUGUGAGAGAUCUUGAGAGAGGAUAGAGAAACUAUACACUAUUUAUCUUUUAUCUUAACUUUGUAAACAGCCACAUCCGUUGUUUCUGACUUUGUAUACCUGAAUGAAUGUUUGGAUAACGGACUAGAAAGUCAAACAUGUAAACAUAUAUUGGGUUUUCUCUUUCACUAAGUUUCCAAUUACAGCAACACGUGUAAGCCGUUUAAAUCACUAUAUGUUCUAUGCAAUAUUAAUUUUGUACAAUAUCGUAGAAAAUAGCAUGUACAGGACUACAUUGAUUGGAGUGAUAGUAGAACAAGAACAAAGAAAACAAUGUUAAUUGAAUUCCUUGAGGUAGAUGUGUUUCACUAUAGUAUUGCAAGAAUUGAUUGUACAAAAGUAACAGUCAAACUUAGGCUACAUGCAUAAAAAUUUCCCUGAAUUAGCCAGAUUUCGGGAUGUUUGUCCUAUAUAUAGGUUUUCCUUAGGUUCUAAUGCAUGCCACAAAAUAAAAUAAAACUAGUAUCCUUUUAAUAACUACAAAAAUACAUUCAUCUAGGUAUCACUGACCUAAUCCAUUAGAGUUAUUAUCUGUAGUAUACGUUGAUCCUGUCGUAAAUCAUCCCCAUGUUUAAACAUAGUUACACAUUCACUACCUGUUUAUAAAGUCAGUGUACACGGCAUCAAAGCACUCUAUAAAACAUUGUUCAAAAUAAGACAAGUAAAUAUAUAUACAUAUAUCUCCCAAUCUCAGUAACAUAUCAAAUUUUUUACUUAGAUCAUUAUUGAAAGCUUUUCUGCAUUGUUCAACAUAGCAACUGAAACUGAAGUAAUGUAGGAAAAGUAAAUGAGAUAGCAACAAAACAAAAUAAAAGUUGAAAAAAUAUAGACAUUUAGAUGUCACCAUAUGUAUACUUCGAAAAUGACCAGUACUUACAACUAACGUAAGCUUAAAGUUCUUCCCAUGGAAAAAUCAUGAGCUAAUGAAGAGACUAAUCAGUGAACCCCCAAAUCAAAAAAGUUAAAAAGACCAAAUGAAGUACAACAUUGAAGCACAUUCACAACUUUGUUAUACAUAUCUAUUAUAUAUCCCUUUUCUUCAUAAAAGCACAGGACUUUAGUAAUGUAGCCUUCUCAACACAAAUACCAUUCAUUUUCACAUUAGUAUCCAAGUCAUCAAAACUGGAAAAGUUUAUUUUGGUUACCUCAUUGUCUUGCAGUAAGGCUCUAUGUCUUUCUAUCUAAAAUGUUAGUAGUUGAAACUGUUAAAAACAGUUAUAAAACAUUACAGUCAACACUGUUGAUGAAUACUGCUGCUUCGUUUAGUUUAAUCUGUGAGUAGAGCUCACAAUUGCAUGACACCCACAAUACAGAUAUGCGUUAAUCCAUGUUUUGUUAUUAGAAACCCUAAAAUUCCUUCAGGGCAAAGCUAUAAAAGCAAAAUGAAAAAUGUUAUAAAGUUUUCCUGACAAUCAUGUGUUGUUCAAUAAAAUAUUAUAAUGAUAAAAACGGUUUACCUUUUUCCUCCUAUUUCCAAUUUUUCUUGUCACAGCCUUUACGAUGCUUAUUAAUCUUUCUAUGAACAUUUGUUGUCUCGCCAGAGUAGCUCUCUUUAAACGACAUUCCUGGCCACCCCUGUUUCCUUAUUGCAUUACUGAUCACUCUAUGCCUAUACUUAAAACAUUUAGUAAAAGCAAUUUUGAAACAUUUUCCUGACAUAUGAGGUACACUGUUCAUAUUUAAAAAAAAAAUUCCAUUUCGUUUUCAAGUUUUUUUUUUCAACUGAAAAAUUCAGAUAUCAUGUCUAUUUAUAUUUUUAUAGUGUGCUUUCCAUUUCACUACAAAAUUACUAGAACUUUGGUUGAACUCCCAAAAAGAUAUCCUCUGCCGUGGAAAUUUAAUUAUCUCCCCUUUUUACAUGUUUACUUGAGAUUUUUUUUUCUUUUUAAGAUCGGUUAUAUCAAUAUUUGUCCAAUUUUAAAUGAGAAAUAAUAACACUUACUUCAUAUAGAUAUAAGCAAUAGGGACCCGAAGCACGGCGAAAAUAUCACAUAACAUGCAGGCUGGUGUUUUCAUAUUUUUGUUAUUUUAAGUUUCAAAAUCCGCCAAAAAAUACAUGAAACUUACAUUGUGACGACGACAAUAGUCUUGACGUUACACCUGCUAAAUUUGAAUGGUCAAAAUUUCGAAAUGGCGGAGAAAUCUCGAUUUGAAGCAUUGAAUCCAGAUCGGAAUCACUGAAAAAAAGGAAAUUUACGGAAAAGGUGGAGCAGCGGGCGGUUAUAGAGUUUUGUGUAGACAUCGGGAAAACGCCAACAGAAACACACAAAUUCUUAAAACAGUCCGAGAAACAUAGCAAAGUUAGUCGUUCAUUGGUAUUCAAGUGGCACAAAAGGUUUUGGGACGGAAGAGACAAUUUGGAAGACGAUGAGCGGGCAGGUAAGCCAUCUUUCAGGAAAUCAGAUGCGAAAAAAGAUGAAGUUCUGAACGUUAUCAACAGUGACCGGCGACUAACAGUUCGCGAAGUUGUAGACAAAUGUGACAUUUCUAAGACUACAGCGCACCACAUUUUAGCAAAUGAUUUAAAUAUGAAUCGAGUAUGUGCUAGAUUGGUACCGCGACUUCUUACAGCAGAACAUUUAACAAAAAGAAUGGAAUUGUCAAAUCAAUGUAUUAAAAAAGUUUCUACUGGUGGCAUACGAUUUCUAGACAGAAUAAUUACAACCGACGAAAGCUGGUUUCAUUACUACGAUCCGGAAACUAAACAACAGUCAAGUCAGUGGAAAAACUGUAACUCACCGCCACCAAAGAAGGCAAAGAUAACCAAAUCAAUGGGAAAGAAUAUGUUCAUUCUCUUCAUGGACAGAAAAGGAAUGUUACUGACACAUGCUGUACCCCGUGGCCAGACUGUUAAUUCUGAAUACUACUCCAAGGUACUGAGGCGAUAUUUCGUUCAAGCUUUGAGAAAGAAACGCCCUUAUAUAGCAGCCAACAUAGAGCAAGUGAUAUUACACCAAGACAAUGCACCGGCCCACAUUCUCUAAAAACUCAUCUAGAAAUUGAUUUACUUGGAUUCGAAUGUCUGAAACAUCCUCCGUAUAGCCCUGACUUAGCGCCAAUGGAUUUUGCGGUAUUCUUGCAUAUCAAAUCUUUUCUCCGUGGACAAAGGUUCGACGAUUUACCUGAACUAAUACAGGAAGUAAUGAACAUAAUCUUAAAAAUGAAAACAGAACAGUUUGAGAAAAUAUUUGAUGACUAGUUAAAAGAUGUAAAAAAUGUGUUGCUUUGAAAGGAGGCUACGUUGAGAAAAGUUAAAAUGUUGACGUCGUCGAACGUCGGAACGUCGGAAAUAUUUGUUUGGGUGCUCCGGGUGAGAGUUUCUGGUGAUUUUUAAAUUGAUGAAAAUACGAUUAUUUAAGCAGGUACUGUAAUAAAAUUUUGUACACUUAAUCAGUAAAUCAGUAAAUUAGUUA